GCCAUGCCGGUGAAUACCCGUUCAAAAUCCGCUUUGAGUCCAUUUACUAUUCUCUAUCACUUCACUACAUAGCCACGUAUUAAUCGAGGCUUCAUCAAGAAAUACUUAUUAUACUUCGAUAAACUUGCGACCAAUAUUAGCUCCCAAUCAUGUCUGCGACUCAAACCCCACUCAAGAUUGGAUACGUCCCUGAGCACUUCUCUACCCCUCUUUACUUUGCGCAAAAGCAUUUCGGUCUUGAAGCCGAAUUGAUCCCAUUCCCAUCUGGCACUGGGCAUAUGAUUACAUCUAUACGUUCGGGAGAAAUCGAUGUAGGUAUUGGUCUCACUGAAGGUUGGGUAGCUGGAUUGGGGAAAUCUGAUGUGGAAGGAGAUGGAGGAUAUAGAAUUGUCGGGACUUAUGUUGAAACGCCAUUGUGCUGGGCAAUCUCUACCGGCGCAAACAGACCGCUAAACAGCAUCGCACAUCUAAAGAACGGCAAAAUUGGGGUUUCAAGAAUUGGCAGUGGGAGCUAUGUGAUGGGAUUCGUUUUGGCAGAUGAGCAGGGCUGGCUCAAUGAAAACCAAUCGUCAGAGGGACCAUUCGAGGUCGUUCCUCUACAGACUUUCGAGAAAUUGCGCAAUGGUGUGAACGAUAGUACAGUGGAUUUCUUCAUGUGGGAACAUUUUACCUCCAAACGAUACUAUGAUAAUGGAGAGAUUAAGCGUAUUGGGGAAAUAUAUACACCAUGGAGCAGUUGGAAAAUUGUUGCCAGCACAAAAGUCCUUCAAAACAAGGAAGAUAAGAGGUUGGACGAUUUGUUUGAGAAAAUCGACAAGGGAGUGAGAUAUUUCGAGAAGAACCAGGCCGAGGCGGUGAAAUAUAUCAGCACUUCGUUGGACUAUAGCGAGGAGGAUGCAAAGGAAUGGUUGAAAACUGUCAGAUUUGCAAGUGCCACAAAGAACGUAGAUGUAGCAGUCAUUCAGAAGACUGUGACUACUUUGCAGAAGGCUAAAGUGCUAGGAGAUGACGGUAUGUCUGCAGAACAGAUGAUUAUUCAAUAAUAUUGUGCGCAUGUUGUUUGGAGAUUUGUUUCUAGUUUAGAAAUGAGGUCAUGGUUAUCACUGCUACACAUCACCAAAAUCACAUUGUUCGAUGUUUGUUGGAAGACAGCAAUUCAAUGAGCUUGCUUCUCCUUACAAGUCUUUAUUCCGUGACUUAGCACUUUCUAUCUAAAAAUCUCACGCCUGAGAAAGUGCUGAGCAAAAUGAGCUAAGCAAGACUCAAAGUCACCCAUUUUUAUCGAUUGUAGCUCAACCGAAUGUUGACCCUUUUCAAGAGGUGGGUUGCCAUAAAAAGUGCCUAAAUUCAAUGUCCCA